CUGUCCAAUUCUCCUUAAGUAAUAACCAUGCAUCUACCUUAAUUUCUCAUCUCUAUUCUAUGUUCUUCCAGAUUCUCUUCUACCAAGCACACUCUUGGAUAAAAGCUGGUUACUGGUUUUACGGUUCUGGAUUUCCCGUUUCUAACAUAGAAACUUCUCUCUACACUCACCUCCUAUGCGCUUUUGCUGAUGUCAACGCUUCAACCUAUGAACUUUCCAUCCCUUCCGAUGCUGCAGCAUCAUUUCCUUCUUUCACAGCCACUCUCAAGCACACCAAUCCAUCUCUAUCUACACUUCUUUCUUUCAUGGGUUUCUGCUAACACUACCAAUGACUUGAAAAACAUGGGACUGCUCUUUCAAGAGUGGAGAGAAGCUGCAAAAUCUGAGGCAAUAAACUCCACCAACAAUAAUAAUCAAAGAACUGAUUUUAACUGCGGCUGUUCCAUAUCAACCAGGUUCUGAUUUUGGUUCUUACCCUGUGGAGUCCUUUAAUGAUAACUUGAAUUGGGUAAAUGUUUUGGAUUAUGAUUACUACACACCUCAAUCAACAAAUUUCACUGGAGCUCAUUCAGCCUUGUAUGAUCCUUCUGGUGAUGUCAACACAGACACCGGAAUCAAGCGAUGGAUAGAUAGUGGGGUAUCUGGUAGUAAGUUGGUUUUGUCGUUACCAUUCUAUGACUAUGGAUAUGCAUGGAAGCUUAGGAACCAAAGGGAGAAUGGAAUAGGUGCAGCAGCAACAGGUCCAGCAAUCACAAAAGGAGAAGACAUGACCUACAAGGAAAUCAAGGAUUAUGUUCAAAGAUAUGAAGCAACUGUGUUGUAUAAUGCUACUUACGUGGUCAAUUAUUUUUCAAUUGGGUCAAAUUGGAUAGGAUUUGAUGAUGCCGAUGCUGUUAAAACCAAGGUGUCUUAUGCUAAAGAAAAGAAACUAGGUGGUUAUGUUGUAUGGCAAGUUCCCUAUGAUUAUGACAAAUGGCAGCUUUCUAGUGCUGCAGCUCAACAGGUGGUUGGCGGCGGAGGACACCAUAAUUGGCGGUUACCGGUGGUGAUCACUUUGACAAGUGCUGUAUGUAUUAUUCUAUUGGGUUUCAUAAUUUACUACAUAAGAAGGAGACUACUAAAACCAAAGGGUAAGUUCUUGUUGAUUCAUUUGUUACUUAGGAAUCAUAAUUGCGGCUAGAGAUGCAGGACAUUUUUCUGAUUGUGUUCCUGAUGUGCAAGUCUUUAGCUUGUGUGAUAUUGAGUUAGCCACUGAUAGAUUUUCGAUUGAAAACAAGCUUGGUCAGGGUGGCUAUGGUCCUGUUUACAAGUGCCUAUUUGAUUUCUACAGGGAAUAUUACCAGUGAAGAAGUUAUCGAUGAAUUCAAGAAUGAGGUAACACUGACUGCAAGGCUACAGCACGUGAAUCUUGUUAGGUUGUUGGGUUUCUACAUUGAUAGAGAAGAACAGAUGCUGGUGUAUGAGUACAUGCCAAACAAAAGCCUUGACUACUAUCUAUUUGACCUUAUCAGGCGGGUUCUUCUGGAUUGGAGCAAGCGUGUAGCUAUUAUUGAGGGUGUUACUCAGGGACUACUUUAUCUACAAGAAUAUUCUAGAUUAACAAUAAUUCAUAGAGAUAUAAAAGCUAGCAACAUUCUGUUAGAUGGUGAGAUGAAACCAAAGAUUUCAGAUUUUGGUAUGGCAAGAAUAUUCUCAAAAGAUGAGCAAGAAGCAAACACGGCCAAGAUUGUUGGAACAUAUGGUUAUGUCUCUCCUGAAUACCUUAAAAAAGGCUUGUAUUUCAGUAAAAUCCGAUAUGUAUAGCUUUGGAGUUCUACUUCUGCAGAUAAUAGGUGGCAAAGUAACAAGAUAUUAUGGCGAGCACGAAAACUUAACCUUGAUGGAAUAUGCUUAUGAAUUGUGGAAAGAAGGAAGAGGCACGGAGUUUGCGGAUUGAGGUGCAUACAAAUAGGUCUAUUAUGUGUGCAAGAAGAUGCCAAUGACAGGCCUUCUGUGUUGGAAAUUUCUUCUAUGUUAAGAAGUGAAACUAUUCUUGCUACAAUAAAGAAGCCAGCGUUUUCAACAGAAAAAGAUAUCCACGAGCAAGGUGAAUUUGUUAUGAAGCAAGAACAUUAUUCGGUUAACGAAGCAACACUGUCUCAGAUUGUAGCAAGAUAGUGCUGGAAAAAACUUUUGGACGUGUAGUUUUUUAUUUUC